AUGGCCCAUGACACUCCUAUCCAGCGCACGGCGCCAAUCGCCAUUGCUCCCAAGCCUCCUCGACUGGAGCCCCUCCCUCUCCCGCGGCGCCAGAACAGCUCCCACAGGUUCGAGAUAGGCCCCGCGAGCUUGCAUGGCAGGGGAUCCAUCGACUCCGGAUCAUUUCCUGGGGCGCCUGCUCCCCCAUGCCAGGCGUGUCGCUUCUCUGGAACCAGGUGUACCGUGGCCGAGGAUGACGAUGGCUGCAUGCCUUGUCAGCUCAACGGCACCGAAUGCUCCCUAGUGUCGUCAAGUCCUCAGACCCGUAAAAGGAAGCUUAACGGAGACUCUGCCGAUGAGAGCGUCAAAAGAGGCUCCCCCGGUAUCUCCAGCCGCAGAAAUCAAAAUUCCAGUCUCUCCAGCACCGCUGCCAGCAGCUCGUUCUUAGAAGACAUGGCCAACGUCGGCGGCCCCACAAUGCUGAAGCGGACGUUGGGCCUCCAGGAGGACCGGUACAGCCAGUACAUCGGCCCCACGACGGAUUUCGAGCCCUCUCUCAUUAAUCUCUCUCCCUUUGACACCCAUGACGAGAGCCUGCUAGCCCGCGGCACUCUUCGCAAAGUCAGCGAUUCAGACACGUUUUUGAUGCUCCCGGACCAGGGAACAACUGGACACGAACAUGUAGUUGAAGAUUUGGACGCUAUCGAGGCUGUUGUCGCCCCCCAUGGCCGCAAGCUCAUCGAUUUAUACUUUCGAGUGGUCCACCCCGGCUUACCCAUCAUUCAGAAAGGCGUCUUUCUAGAAAAGUAUGAACGAUCUUAUCGCGAGUUCUCACCACCGAUCCUUGCCGCCGUCUACAUCCUUGCCAUCAACUGGUGGGAUCACCAUGAGGAGCUCUCCAAGCUGCCUCGUCCUGAUGUCAAAGUGUUGGAGAAACUUGUCCGAACUUCUCUCGAAGAUGCCAUGUACCGACCGAAGCUGUCGACAGUCCAAGCCGGACUCCUUCUGUCUCAGCGACCCGAGGGCGACCAAUGGGCUCCGACGGCGCAGCUAGUUGCCAUUGCUCAGGAACUGGGCCUUCACCUGGACUGUGCGGGGUGGAAGAUUCCCCCAUGGGAAAAGGGGCUGCGAAGGCGAUUGGCCUGGGCCCUUUAUAUGCAAGAUAAAUGGGGAUCUCUCGUCCACGGAAGACCGUCUCACAUCUUCCCUUCCAACUGGGCUGUUCGACCGUUACGCGCUAAUGAUUUCCCUGAUGUCGAAUGGGACGAAAACGAUACGGAAGAGCGCCAGGAUAUUGAAAAAGGCCGACUGGUUUUCACUCGAUUCGUUCAGCUCUCUGAGAUCCUCUCCGAGAUUCUCGACACCUUUUAUACUCUGCAGGCCAUGCAGACCGUCACGAACGCAGGGUCGGGAGGAACGCAGCUUGUCCUUUCACUGGCAAAACCCAUUCAGCUCAAGCUUAAGGAGUGGUAUGGAGCGUUACCCACCAACAUCCGACUUGAUUCAUACUCUGCGAGCAAAUUGUCGUCGAGGCUUUCGUGCAUUGGCUAUCUCCAUCUGGGAUACUUUGCAACGGAAAUCACCCUUCAUAGACGCAUUAUUCGAUCUCUGGCAUCGAAUACAUCAUCGGUAGAUCCAUAUGUACAGCAUAUCUGUCGGAGUGCUGCAAAGGCUCGUCUGAUUUCUGCCAUGGAUUUUGUCAAUCGCUUGAUGCCGAACCAUGUCCAAUCAUUCUGGUAUUUCGCCUCCAAAACCAACUUCGCCCUCAUUGGCACAUUUGGAUCCUUGCUUUGGGCAACGUCACCAGGGCGAGAAGAGGCGGAUUGGUACAGGCGUCGACUCGGCGAAUACCGCUGGACGUUGUCAGUGAGCUGCAAGCCGGGCCAGAGCAAAGGCCUGACUGAAUUUGCCAUGACCAUGCUGGACAUUUCAACUGGUCUGUUGAAGCAGCUUCCGGAGAAGCCGUCCAUGAGCCGCACCGGCAGCGCGGCAGACUUUUCUGCCAUGUCCAUGCCCGGUUCAUACUCGGGCGGAGUUAGCAUCCUGGGCAGCUUUAGCAACUUUCACAGCACGGAUGUGAGCGGUGUGCAGAGCCCCCAGAGUGAAACGGAGAGCAGUGAUGAAGGCAUGGAGGAUGACGAUUACGCGACGCCGAUGUGA